AUGCAGGAAAUACUGUGCCAUUCGGAGUUGGGAUCCACUGCAAUCGGGUUGAAGACAAAGGAUGGCAUUGUUCUCGCCGUCGAGAAACGUGUGACCUCGCCACUGCUGGAACCUAGCAGUGUGGAGAAAAUCAUGAAAAUUGAUGAGCACAUAGACUGUGCCAUGAGUGGACUUAUUGCUGAUGCUAGAGCAUUAGUUGAGCACGCUCGUGUUGAGACCCAGAAUCAUAGGUUCUCAUAUGGGGAGCCAAUGACCGUAGAAUCUUCUACACAAGCUAUCUGUGACCUGGCUCUGCGCUUUGGUGAAGGUGAUGAAGAGUCAAUGUCACGGCCAUUUGGAGUCUCCCUCCUAAUCGCUGGACAUGAUGAGAAUGGACCUAGCUUAUACUACACGGACCCAUCUGGAACCUUCUGGCAAUGCAAUGCAAAGGCAAUUGGAUCAGGUUCUGAAGGAGCUGAUAGCUCCUUGCAGGAGCAGUACAACAAGGUGACCCCAAACAAUGUCGAUAUCGCCAAGGUUGCCCCCAAGUACCACCUCUACACCCCUGCCGAGGUCGAAGCUGUCAUCGCAAGGCUGUAA